AUGAAUAUUGAUGUUGACGGGGAAAAGGAGUCACUCGAUGAGGACACUGAGCCGGAUAAUAGAGUUUUGGGCGAGAGAGGUAGUUCAACUCAAGUUGGAGAAUUGAAGGUUGAUGCUAACCAUGGAGCUGCCACAAGCAGAUCCCAGGGUUCUGGUGUUGUGCAGGUGCAGCAGCAACAGCUAACACAAGGCUCGGUGGUUUGUUGGGAGAGGUUUCUUCAUGUGAGGUCCAUUCGGGUCUUGUUGGUUGAGAAUGAUGACUCUACUCGCCAUGUUGUCACUGCAUUGCUUAGAAACUGCAAUUAUGAAGUGGUAAAUGCAGCUAAUGGACUGCAAGCAUGGAAGAUAUUAGAAGAUUUAAACAACCAUAUUGAUAUUGUCUUGACAGAGGUGGUAAUGCCUCUUUUAUCUGGGAUAGGCCUUUUAUGUAAGAUUAUGAGCCACAAAACUCGCAAGACUAUUCCUGUAAUUAUGAUGUCAUCUCAUGAUUCAAUGGGUUUAGUAUUUAAAUGUCUCUCUAAAGGUGCAGUCGACUUUUUGGUCAAACCUAUAAGGAAGAAUGAGCUUAAGAACCUGUGGCAGCAUGUAUGGAGGAGGUGCCACAGUUCUAGUGGAAGUGGGAGUGAAAGUGGUACACAAACUCAAAAAUCUGUGAAAUCAAAAGGUACUGAUCAAUCAGGCAACAGUGCAAGUGAUGAUGGGGAAAAUGAUGCGAGCAAUGGAUUAAAUGCUGGAGAUGGAAGUGAUGAUGGUAGUGGGGCACAGAGCUCCUGGACAAAGCAAGCUGUAGAAGUUGACAGCUCUCAAGCUUUAUCGCCAGUGGAUCAUGUAGCCGAGUGUCCAGACAGCACUUGCGCGCAAGUUAUUCGCUCAAAUGCCGAGCACUCUGACUACAACAGGGUGCAACUAAGUGCAGCUAGGGAAGGCCACAUGCGACAGCUUCCUGACAAUGGCAAUGAAUUGGAAACAACUGUCCAUAGAAAUGUUGUGCCUAAAUCAGAAAAUCCUGGGGAGGGACAAGCCAACCAAUCUGGCAGAGAAUCUGAUUCUACUAGAGAAGUGGCUAAAAAAUUGGACAUCAACAAUAAUGCAACUGACGAUUGUAAAGAACCAAACGUUGAGCUUAGUUUAAAGAGGCUUAGAGGAGUUCAGGACAUUGGUGGGUCAAUCCAAGACGAGCGAUGUGUCUUGCGCCGGUCUGAGCAAUCAGCCUUCUCAAGGUAUAACUCGUCCGUAAAUAUUUUCAAGUCUCCCAAUGCAUUAACAGGAAGCAGCUCCGUGCUCGACAACAGUAAUGAAGCCGCAAAACGAGAGUCGGCUGGUGACAUGCAAAUAUUCUCGACCGACCAUAUUCUAUAUCAAAAUUCUAACGGAGUUAGCAAUAACAUAGACAUGGGAUCCACCAGCAACAAGCUCCCCAAAGAUAAAUCCGAAGCAACAUCCGCAAUCAAUGGCAUACACCUUUCCGCUUUCAGGCCUGUGAAGAAUGACCUCAAAUACAGUCAACAGCAGACUGGUCUCUUUCCAAGUGGCAUGCAACCGAACACAUACCAAGAACUCCAAAUUCCACAUACUCAUCACCAAAAUUUUCACAAUCACCAUCAAUGUCAGAACGUGGAAAAUCAACCCUCGUCCAAUCAUGAAGAUCCAUCCGUGAAGCAGUUGGCUCUGGAUGCUCCACACUGUGGGUCCACAAACUUAUUAGGUGGGUCGGUGGAUGCCAAUAAUAUGGUGAACUGCAGUCUGAACAGAAGUGCCUCGGGAAGUAAUCACGGUAGUAAUGGACAAAAUGGGAGCAGUGGAGUUAAUGCUGUGGGAAAUAAUAGAGAAAGUGAUGCCGGGCAAGCUGGGAAAACCGGUAGUGGGGAAGCUAGCGGCAGUGGUAUCGGAAAUAAAGCGGAUGAGAUCAGAUUAGCACAGCGGGAGGCUGCCUUGUUGAAGUUCCGUCAGAAGAGGAAAGAGAGAUGCUUUAAGAAGGUGAGAUACCAGACCAGAAAAAAAUUAGCAGAACAGAGGCCCCGUGUCCGAGGACAAUUUGUUAAGCAAUCGGAGACUGACAGUUCAACCAGAAGUGGAGAUGAAUAA